AUGGAAGAAGAUUAUAAAUCAACCCAACUGCCCGAAAUUGUCUCGUCGGAAGCUAUUUCCGACACGGUCGGAAUUCUGAUCGAGGAGAAUGUGAGCAAUGGACGAAAGAUGUACAUAGCGGCCAUCGCAAGUUUAUUUACAGGCUUAGUAGCGGGAUUUAUUUCUGGAUAUUCAGCACCGGCUACUUAUGAUAUGACAACAAACGAGAACAGUCCGAUUUUCCCGACUGAUGAUGAAAUAACUUGGAUUGGAAGCGUGGUGUCUGCUGGAGUGAUGGUCGGGGGUUUAUGUGCAGGUCCACUUUCAGACAAGAUUGGCAGAAAAAAUACCAUAGUGUACAACACAAUUCCACUACUGACCGGAUGGCUAAUCAUCUCAAUGGCCGAAGAUGCAACAGAAGUCAUAAUUGGGCGACUUCUGACUGGUAUUGGAUGUGGUGUCGCCAUUGUUGCAGUUCCCACGUACUGCGUCGAAAUUUCAACCGCAGGUGUUAGAGGAUUAUUAGGUUCGGCGUUCCAAGGAUUCCUAGUAACUGGAAAUUUUUUCGUCGUAUUUAUUGGAUCUUAUGUGUCCUGGCACAUUCUAGCUCUGGCUGGAGCUGGAUUCACUGCGUUUGCAUUUUUUUGCUUUCUGCCAAUGCCCGAAUCCCCGCGCUGGUUGCUGGCAAAGGGUAAACUUAACCUUGCAAUCAAUGUUAUGCAAAAACUGCAAGGAGCGAGUGUAAACGCCGCUGAAGAAUGCAAUGCCAUAUACGAAGAUCUUAAAAACGAACGCAAAGGCAGACUGUCUUUGAACGAGAUGAAGCAUCCCACGGUAUAUAAACCAGCUUUAAUAGCAGUAGGACUGAUGUUCUUUCAGCAAUUCUCUGGUCUGAUGGUCAUUUUUGGAUAUUCCACCAAAAUAUUCGACAUAGCAAAAAGUUUCUUGAAUCCUAAGAAAGCCACAAUUAUUAUUGGUGCUGUCCAAGUUAUAGCGACAAUAACAAGUAACUUGAUUGUAGAUAAAGCUGGACGGAAAAUACUUCUCAUAAUUUCAGGAUUGUUAAUGUCCGCAAGCCUUGUUUCUUUAGGUACGUAUUAUUAUUUGUCAUUCGAGAAGCCAGGCUUUCAAGAAACUUAUGAUUGGAUUCCUCUGGUAAGCUUAAUUGCUUAUGUGAUAGCAUAUUCCAUUGGAUUCGGGCCAAUACCCGCUUUCAUUGCGGCUGAAAUGGUUCCCGUAAGAGCACGUAGUACGAUCAGCGGCAUUGUCAUAUUCCAUUGUGGACUUUUCGGCUUCAUUGUCAUGAAAACAUUUAUUCAACUUGGAGAUCUUAUAGGUUCUUAUGGAACAUUCUGGCUGUAUAGUGUCGUAGCAUUGAUAGGCGUUUUUUUCGUUAUUUUUCUAGUGCCAGAAACAAAAGGAAAGAAAUUAGAAGAUAUAUCGAAACUUUUUGUCAAAUCCUAA